AUGAAGGGAACAUGUGGGCUCCAGACUGCCUUUUUGAUGCCACUUGCUUUCGGGGAGUGGCUGAUCUUGUUGGAGCGGCAGCCAUCGCUGGAGACUGAUGACCCGGAAGAUGUCACUCACCAAGGAACCUGGACCUUGGACGGUAUUUAUGCUGUUACCAUCGGCUCUGAAAGAUGCAUUUUCCCCAAAAUUUCCCCCAAAUUCCAGGUGUUGGGCAUUUCAAAUGCAAAGCCUUUUGUGUACCAAACUUGCAGAGUGAAGAUACGGAUGAAAGGAUCUGAAGAGAUUGGGCGGUGCCAAGAGGUGCGCCGGGGAGGGGAACAGCCUCUCUGGGAUGGAUUAUUAGAAGUAUACCAGGGCUAUGUAGGGGAGAUUCGGAAAACACCUAAUUUGUUUUCGGAUGAAUUAGAUGAAGAAAGUGUGAUUUUAACACUUGUCCCAGUUACAGAUGAGCCUUUUGAAGAAGUUGUAGAAUCCAGUGUUUCAACAUCAGACAAUAUCAACCUAAAAACACCUGGGAAUAACAACACAGGAAGACAAAAUGAUUUAUUCUUGGGCCCACCGAAUAGGCUUCAAGAAGUGACCAUAUAUCUCAUUCCACAAACAAAUGAUGUUAAAAACCUCUCGAAAACUCAUUGGAAAAAGUCUGUGUGCCCGUUGCCUGCUGUCUUACCUCCUAUUAACGAGGUGUCUCGGGAUCACUUACGUAGCUGGUGCCAGCAAUUUAACCUGAGUACAGAUGGCCAGAAAAUAGAAGUGUAUUUGAGACUCCUGAGGCACAGAUAUCCUGAACAACAAAAUUAUAUUCCCAAAACACCAGAGGAGGCCAGAUUGACCUCAAAUUCCAAGAAACAUAGGAAAGAAAGAAGUCUACAGACAAACAGUAGAAUAAGUGAGGCCACUUCACACAAGGCCACUGUUGGACAUGAGAGAAAUAAUAUCGUGGAAGUAGUAACUUCUGCCCAAGCAUCUAUGUUGGCAUGUUGGGCACGGAUUGCUGCAGAAGCUGCCAAACCCAGGACAGUGAAGUUUUGUCCUACUGCUUCAACUAUAGAGACAUUUUUGCUUCCAGCCUCUGGUGUCAGGUGGUGUGUAGUCCAUGGCAGACUUCUCCCAGCAGAUGGGAAGGGAUGGGUGCGCCUGCAGUUUUGUGCAGGUCAGACCUGGGUCCCCAACAGUCGCAAGACAAUGAUUUCUCUCUUCCUGUUACCAGCCUGUUUAUUCCCAACCCCAGGACUAGAAGAUAAUAUGUUAUGCCCUGAAUGUGUCAAAAGGAAUAAGAAGAUAAUGAAAAAAAUUAAGUACAAUAGGAGAUAAAAGAAAAAGGCCAUACUUUC